UUUUGCCUCAGAGAUGACGAGUAGGUGACGAGCGAGAGGGUGCGUGUGACUGCCGCUCCGCCAAGCCAUCGACCAUACGGCUCUUGUGAAUAUAUUAGAGUGUUCUCCCGCAAGGAAGAUAUUGUGUGCCCUCUCGGUUUAUUUUGGGGCGUUCUGUUUCUCCGGCGUUUGGUAUAAGUGAAACGUGGAAAAAGAGGAGAGAGAAAAGAAGUGUGGUUUGGAAGAGAGAAAAAAACAACAACCCAAGUCUAUGUCUUGGUUUUUUUAUUGUGUUAAUUGUGGAUAGAAAAUUGACGAAGAGGAGAAACAGCUCUUCUGAUUUGGAAGCUUUUAAAUAUUGAUUUUUUGGAAUAUUGAGGCAAUACGCCAUUGCCUGAAAGUGUGAAGUGAUAUAUAUUGUAUUUUUACACUGGAUUACCCUACGCCAAGAUGUGUUAGAUGCCGAACAAGAUGGUGACGUCGCCUCCGGCCCGCAGACGAGGGCGGAGCGAGAGGGCGCGCGCCUGGAGAGCAGGGCAUGGGCGUGUGGCGGGCGAGUGUGAGUCAGCAUGAAGGCGGACGCUGCCCUGGGCACCUGAUGACCACCCCAGCCUCAGGAUCCCCCGAGAUGCACGAUGAGUCUGGGGGUCUGCUCGGAGCGCUGUCGCUUGGCUGAGCUCACAAACUCGUACCACAAAAAACUCCUCCUAGUGCCAUAUAUAAAGAGAGUAUAUAGAGAUAUAUAGAUAAUAUAUUUAGAAAGAGGAAGACAGAGAGAAAGAGAGAGAGAAGGAAAGAAAAGUAUAUAUAUUUAUAUAAGAAGUCUAAAGUGAGAAGGGCGGCGGCGAAGGUGAUGGCGCGAGUGCUCGAGAGAUCGUACCUCCUGCUGGCUGUGUGCGUCGCGUUCGCCCUCGCGCUCGACGACAGGGCCACCGACUUCGGCAAGGGCAAGAUCUGCAUCGGGACGACGGGGCGCAUGUCGGUGCCGUCGAACCGCGAGCACCACUACCGGAACCUGCGCGACCGCUACAUCAACUGCACCUACGUGGACGGCAACCUCGAGCUCACGUGGCUCCAGGAUGAGAACCUCGACCUGUCCUUCCUGCAGUACAUUCGAGAGGUGACGGGCUACGUGCUGAUCUCGCAUGUGGACGUGAAGAAGAUCGUGCUGCCGUCGCUGCAGAUCGUGCGCGGCCAGACGCUCUUCAAGCUCUCCGUCCACGAGGAGAGCUUUGCGCUGCUCGUGACGCUCUCCAAGAUGCACACACUCGAGAUGCCCGCGCUCAGAGACAUCCUCGAGGGCGGCGUGGGCGUCUUCAACAACUACAACCUGUGCCACAUGGAGACCAUCGAGUGGAAGGAGAUCAUGACGGACCCCAACGACAAGUACAUCUUCGUGUACAACUUCACGGAGCCGCAGCGCGUGUGCAGCUGCCACAAGUCGUGCAAGAAGGGCUGCUGGGGCGAGGGGGCGCACAACUGCCAGAAGUUCAGCAAGCUCACGUGCUCGCCGCAGUGCCACCAAGGGCGCUGCUACGGGCCCGGGCCCAGGGACUGCUGCCACCUCUUCUGCGCCGGAGGCUGCUCCGGCCCCACCCAGAGCGACUGCCUGGCCUGCCGCAACUUCUACGACGACGGAGAGUGCAAGCAAGAGUGCCCGCCCAUGCAGAAGUAUGACACCAUCUCGUACUCGUGGGUGACGAACCCCUACGGGAAGUACGCGUACGGCGCCACCUGCGUUAAGAGCUGUCCGGAGCACCUGCUGAGGGACAACGGCGCGUGCGUGCGGACGUGCCCGAAGGGGAAGAAGGCGGUGGACGGCGAGUGCGUGCCGUGCAACGGGCCGUGUCCGAAGACGUGCUUCAGUGCGCAGUAUAUCCACGCGGGCAACAUCGACUCGUUCAAGGGCUGCACCAUCAUCCAGGGCUCCAUGACCAUCCUGGACCACUCGUUCGACGGCUUCCAGGAGGUCUACGACAACUUCACCUUCGGCCAGCGGUACCCCAAGAUGAAGCCGUCCAAGCUGGAGGUGUUCAGCACACUCAAGGAGGUGACGGGCCACAUCAACAUCCAGGCGUCGCACCCCGAGUUCACCAACCUGUCCUUCCUGCGCAACCUGGAGGUGAUCGGCGGCCGCGACCUCACCGAGUACUUCUCGUCGUUGUACAUCGUCAAGACGUCGCUCAAGAGCCUCAACCUGCGCUCGCUCCGGAAGAUCCGCUCCGGCAAGGUCUACAUCCUGGAGAACAAGGACCUGUGUUUCGUCGACAAGAUCAACUGGAAGAAGCUGAUCGAGAACAGCGACGACUCGAGCUCGGAGCUGCUGCUGCAGAACAACCGCGUGAGCGAGCAGUGCGUGGAGGAGGGUCUGGUGUGCCACAGCGAGUGCAGCGGCGAAGGCUGCUGGGGCACACUCGACGACGAGUGCCUCUCGUGCAGGAACUUCAAGCUGGGCGAGCGCUGCGUCAACAACUGCAACAUCCCCGGCAUCUACCAGAUGGGCUCCAAGGAGUGCAGCUUCUGCCACUCGGAGUGCGACGUCAGCUGCCACGGGCCCGACUCCAACGACUGCGACCGCUGCAAGAACGUGAUGGACGGGCCGUAUUGCGUGGACCGCUGCCCCGACACCAAGUUCAACGACGACGGCAUGUGCCGCGCGUGCCACGAGAACUGUGUCGACGGCUGCACGGGCCCCGAGAAUACCAUCGGCCAGAACGGCUGCAACUCGUGCGAGAAGGCCGUCAUCAACGGCGACCUGGAGGUGGAGUACUGCCUGCACGAGAACGAGGCGUGCCCCGCCGGCUACUUCUCUGAGUGGGUGGCCCACCUGGAGACGGGCGCGCUGCGACGCCUCGCCGGGAAGACCAUCUGCCGCCGCUGCCACCCGCGCUGCAAGAACUGCACGGCCAACGGGUUCCACAUCAGCGUCUGUCACGAGUGCGUCAGUUACCGCCGCGGCGAGCACUGCGAGGACGAGUGCCCCGCCGACCACUACGCCGACGAGAAGCUCCACGAGUGCUUUAGGUGUUCGCCUGAGUGCUCGCACGGGUGCACGGGGCCCCUCGAGUCCCACUGCACGGCGUGUCGCAACUACCGGAUCUAUCUUGACGGCGAGCCGGGCAUGAACAACACCAACUUCAACUGCACGGCCUCUUGCCCGUCCGAACUGCCCUACAAAAUCUUCCCCGAAGAUGCCUCGGACCCGUACUGUGGCAAAGACCCCUUGCUCCUCAUCGACGAGGAGAGCAUUCCCGCUAUCCUGGGUGGCACGCUGGGCUGCGUCUUCCUGCUGUGCAUCUUCCUGGCCGUGUUCUGCUACCUGUGGUGGCAGCGCAACAAGACGAAGGCGGCGGCGCUCAAGAUGACCAUGACCAUGAUGCCCUACGACGACAACGAGCCCCUCAAGCCGACCAACAUCAAGCCCAACCUGGCCAAGCUGCGCAUCGUCAAGGAGGCGGAGCUGCGCAAGGGGGGCAUCCUGGGCUACGGCGCCUUCGGGACGGUGUACAAGGGCGUGUGGGUGCCGGAGGGCGAGAAUGUCAAGAUCCCCGUCGCCAUCAAGGUGCUCCGCGAAGGUACAGGGACAAACGUCAACAAGGAGAUCCUGGAGGAGGCAUACAUCAUGGCCUCUGUGGAUCACCCGAACCUCCUGCAACUCCUGGCAGUGUGCAUGACCACCCAAAUCAUGCUGGUGACACAGCUGAUGCCCUUGGGGUGCCUGCUUGACUACGUUCGCAAUAACAAGGAUAAGGUGGGGUCAAAGCCCUUGCUCAACUGGUGCACCCAGAUUGCCCGCGGAAUGGCCUAUCUGGAGGAGCGCCGGCUCGUCCACAGAGACUUGGCAGCGAGGAAUGUCUUGGUUCAGACUCCAAACUGCGUCAAGAUCACGGACUUUGGUCUUGCCAAGCUUCUGGACUACAACGAAGAGGAGUACAAGGCUGCCGGUGGAAAGAUGCCCAUCAAGUGGCUGGCGCUCGAGUGCAUUCAGCAUCGGAUAUUCACUCACAAGUCCGAUGUUUGGGCCUUCGGUGUGACGGUGUGGGAGAUCCUGACGUACGGAGGACGGCCGUACGAGGACAUCCCGGCCAGAGAAGUCCCCGACCUGCUGGAGAAGGGUGAGCGCCUGCCCCAGCCCGCCAUCUGCACCAUUGACGUCUAUAUGCUCAUGAUCCGAUGCUGGAUGUUGGACGCUGAGAGCCGGCCGAGCUUCCGAGAGCUUGCGGAGGAGUUCGCGAAGAUGGCGCGGGAUCCCGGACGGUUCCUGGUGAUCCCCGGAGACAAACUGAUGCGCCUGCCAUCCUAUACGCCCCAGGAUGAGAGGGAACUCAUACGGUCGCUCUCGUCGGCAAUCGAGGGUGAUGGCGUCGUGAUGGCAGCCGAGGAGUACCUCCAACCCAAGUAUGGCACCGGCAGCGUCGGAGUCACCGGCACCACCUCAACCUCAACCUCGAGCUCCAACCCAACAACCCCCGUGAAGAAGACGAUGGGCGGCUACAGCACCGGAGCCGGCGCGGAAUACAUAUCCGACAGGGCCGAGUCGCCGCAGAACCGCCACAACCUCCAGCGGGAAAGGAAGUACGCCCACCUCGAGGCAGGAGCCGCCGGGUCUCCUGGGCAGAGGCCGCGUGGAGACUCUCUCACGUCGCGCUACUGCACUGACCCCCUCAAGAUGUUAGGUAAAGAUGCAGAUGUAGGUGACGACGAGUGCUUCAACGGCCACGGCCCACCUCCUUCUGCGCCUGGUUAUGGCUGGGUGGGAGACCUCAGGCUGGACUUGCCUGUGGACGAGGAUGAUUAUCUCAUGCCUUCCCCACAGCCAUCGGGCUUAGCUACUGUGGGUCCAUCUCAUCAACACUAUAUGGAUCUCAUGGCAGAUAAUCCAGAUGGACGUCGAAACGACCAUCUGCGUGCAUACAAAGGUCCCAACGGCACAGCUGGGCAGUGGGUCGGAAUGGACAACCCUGAGUAUCACAUGAUGAACAACCGGGCCCAGAUGCACGCAGGGCGACGCAUCCACCCACAGCAGACAGUUGGGGUACCGGUGUUAGAGCCGGGCCGAUUCAGCAGUUACGGAGGGAGCAGUGGCCAUAGCAGUGUCAGUAGCAAUGGAGGCCCUCAGCAACACCAGCAUCACCAUCCUCACCCACCAGAAAUGGCUCACGAGUAUUACAACGAAAUCUCGUCUCACACACCUCACACGCUUGCGGCACGCAGUGAAACAACUGUCUGAGUGCUUGGUGGUCUGUGAAGUGUUUGCCUUCUUCCCUUCCACUUUUAGAACUGUGUUUCUUAAACUGUGUUUAUAGCCUUAAAAAUCUGUGGACGGAAGAGGGUUGUUUCGUGUUCAAAUGUGUCUUUCCCUGGAACUUAUGUUGGACCUCUGAUUGAUCUGAAAGGACAUGGCGAACCAAGGAGCUGUGAUGAACAAAAACGUGUUGUGAUGUAUUCCAUAGGCGUGAGAUCGAAGGAGACAGAGGCAGACAGGGAGCCACAAGCCAAAGUAGAGGUGGCGAUCAGUGCAAAGGAAUGUAGUGUGACCAAGGGACCACAAGGUGGCAAGUGCAAAGUGCAUUAUAUUCCAUAUACUGUUCUUUUAGAACAUUUUUAACUUGUGAUAUGUGAGGAUGCAAGUUUCUGUGUACAUGGAUUUCAGUGGACUGCUAGAUUUCAGCAACAGCUAAAGUCUGUGGCCAUUUUGUGAAACUGAAUGCUACUCGUGUGGACAGACAAGACUGAGGGAAAAAGUCUGUCAGCUAGAACUCUUGAAGAGUUCAUCUUAUACUGUGAUUUUAAUAUAGUUUUAUGUAUUUGACCAUUUUGCAUUGUUGCAAUAGUACUGGUGUAUAACCUGUGGACCAACCAGCCCAUGGAAGCUUGUAACUAUUGAUGAUAUUAACAGUUAGACAACAACCUCCCACUCAAUGAGCAGGAUAUUUGUGUGUUCAGUAGGCAUGGAGUGAAUCAGUAGUCACCAGAACAAAAGAACUGUCACUCAUUGUCGUAAAACAUUUAAUCACUCCCAGUUGGAAUCCAGUUUGUACUAUUUAACUAACGACACAGCCAAUUCGUGCUUAAGUUAUAACAGACCAAUAUUCCAGCUCCCCACCCCACCCCUUCCCCCAUCCCCCAGUGGUAUUUAACAAAAGUGGUGACUAAUAAUUCAACCAUAUAGUCUUGCGGAUGUAGGAUUAUUGACAGGAGAAAAGAAAGAUUAAACAAAUCCCUGAGUGCAAUCAUGACAAUCUUAUUUGAUGUGCGAAAAUACUUUUGAACAUCAGUGUUUCUGGGGAAGUAUUGCGAAACUAAGGCACUCCAAGCGCCCAAAGUGGUAACACUCAGCUCAAUCUAUUUUUCUAUCUUUUUUUUUUUUUUUAAGAACUGGUAGAGUCAGUCAUUACACUCGUUACUAUGCACUAAACUAUGUAUUUUUUUCUCUCUCAUGCCUUUCACGUGCCAGUAUAUUUCACAGGAAACACUGAAUUUUUUUUUUUUUUUUUUCAGUGCUGUAGAUAUAGCAAGUUUUCUUCUAUUAGGCUUCUGUGAAUCAGUUCUUCCAUGAAUGUUUUAUAUAUAUGUAAAAUUGUCUAUGCAAAGCACCCUUUUUAAGAUCUAUUCCAAGAAAAUUCACUUCUUUUUGAAGUAUGUUCAAAAGUUUCUUUUUUGGUUCAUUACUUCUGUAUAGAUCUAAUUAUUUGCAUUUUUAUUUAACUAUUAUUGGGCCACAGAAGUACCUGUGUUUAUUGUAAUGAUAUAGCUGUAAAAAUUAUAGAAAUUUGAUACUUUUUUUUUUUUUUUUUUAUAAAAGUUCAAAAAGAGGAUAUCUAACUUGCUAUUCUUCAUAGCCUUCGCCAUCAGUUCAAACUGUCAUCACACACAAACUGCUUUAUAAAAUAAAACAGGAUCAAUGACAAAUCCUACAGGUUCUUUUGACCAUUUGUUACAUAUUUUUUUUUAAUUAGAAAAGAAGAGAAUUUGUUAAACAUAACCUUGAGGAUAGGGUCAUUGACCUGUGGAAAUAGUAGUGACCUCUCUUUUAGUUGCCAAGGUUUUUUUUGUUUUUUGUUUUUUUUUAUAAAUAUAUCGCUGGACACUUUUAAAUGCAUGUGCCGGACAUGCUGGAGUCAGCUGCAUUCAUGAUAAUGGGUUUCCCAAGUGCCAAAAGUCAAACAACUGCCAUUUUUCCCAUUAGGCAGACCAAGCAGUAGGCGUUAAACUGGUUUUUUAUUGUCUUUUUAGUCAUUCAACUCUAAUUAGCCAAUUCAAUUUGCAUGUGAGAGAAAAUGUGUUAUUGUUCCAGUUGUUAAAGGUGUUUUAACAGUGGACAAGCUCAGCGUGGGCGUUAUUUGUUUGUUGUUGUGAGAAAUUGUUGCCUGAACAUGAGAGAAGUCAUGCAUUGUUUGAGAGAUCAGUAUUUUGAAAAAAUACAGAAAGAAAAAAUCUACUUUUGCCAAUAUUUCACAUUUACAAGAGUUUUAUGCCCAAGUUUUCAUGAUUAUUUUUGUUUCACUUUUUUUUUAUUGUAAUCUCCCCCCUUCCUCUUUUUCCACACUGCAUCGGUGUUGGUACUUAGCCUUACAGUGAAGGAUGUGAUAGCAACUGUUUUAGGGAGGAAUUUGGACCAAGACAACAGUGCUGAGGAUAUAGUACAAAGCAAUAACUUCCAUUACCCCAUUUCUGCUCAAAGCUUGGUCUGCUGUUACUCUUUAAAUGAGUUUUUUUUAAAGCUUAGUCUUCCAU